ACUACAUACCUAGAGUUACUACCUAGAAAUAAGGCCAAUAGACAGGCCCACGGUGGCCCACGGCAGGCGGUCCCCUACCCGUACCUGCAACAUGGUGGCAGUCCCACUGCAGUUAGACCGACCCACGGCCACCUGAGGACUGAGGAGCCCGGCUCCCGCCCGGCGAUGGAUUCCUUUUGGGUGCAACCACCACUUUUAAUCGACUUCCACCACUUUCAGUUAUCUCGUCACAAACCAAACCCACACAAACGGGAAGCAACACCACGCCCCUCCUGCUCCCCAUCAACCACCAAAGGUCUAUCCGCCCAACCGUGGCGGCACCCUUUCCAGACACUUUACUGUUUUCUGGGUGUUAGGGCGCCGUCGGCUUUCCACGUUGUGGUCCGCCAUUUUGGAUCUCGGCCUUUUUCAUCGUACCUGCACCGAACCGGAACCCCAAACCGACAGGCCCCAGCAAAAGACCAAAAAAAAGAGGCACGACACAAGCAACAAGGCAGACGAAGUCCGGGACUCGACUUUGGCACUGGCUGCAACACUUGCGCAUUCACAUCUUACCUACACUUGACCAGACCCCCGAAUACAAUGAUCACCAGCACUCGUCUUUCGCUUUGCGCCGCUUUGAUCCGUUUCGUUUCUUGAUUCAGCUGGAUUCCGUCCCAUCAAAAAGCUACAUCAUCGAAUUCCUCUACCGGAUCCGACCCGCCGAGCGCGUUCUCUCUUCGACCGCCCUGAUCUUCACCGGACAAACAUACACGCAUAGAGGCACUCUCGGCUCCUU